UCUCAUCUCAAUUCUGAUUUUAGGAAUACAUAAACACACUUUUAUAUAGGAAAAAACACACCUAUUUCUGUAUGAAGGUAAGGAUGAGCAAUGGCAACAACAAUAGAGGCAUUUCAGGCAACAGCAAUAGACCUGAAUGGCUACAACAGUACGAUUUGAUCGGCAAGAUUGGCGAGGGCACGUAUGGUCUCGUCUUUCUUGCCAAGGUCAAGUCAAAUCGGAGCAAGUCCAUAGCCAUCAAGAAGUUCAAGCAAUCCAAAGACGGCGACGGCGUCUCCCCCACCGCCAUCCGUGAAAUCAUGUUACUUCGGGAGAUAUCCCAGGAGAAUGUGGUAAAGCUUGUGAAUGUGCACAUUAAUCACAUGGACAUGUCACUAUAUCUGGCUUUUGACUAUGCGGAGCAUGACCUCUAUGAAAUCAUCAGACAUCACAGAGACAAGGUUAACCAUGCUAUCAAUCAGUAUACCGUCAAAUCAUUGCUAUGGCAGUUGCUUAAUGGGCUGAAUUACCUCCACAGUAACUGGAUUAUACAUAGAGAUCUAAAGCCGUCAAAUAUCUUGGUUAUGGGAGAGGGAGAAGAACAAGGAGUUACUAAAAUUGCUGAUUUUGGUCUUGCUAGAAUAUAUCAAGCUCCAUUGAAGCCAUUAUCUGAAAAUGGGGUUGUGGUAACCAUUUGGUAUCGUGCCCCGGAAUUGCUCCUCGGGGCGAAGCAUUAUACUAGUGCUGUCGAUAUGUGGGCUGUUGGAUGCAUAUUUGCCGAGCUUCUAACUUUGAAGCCUCUAUUUCAAGGGCAAGAAGUUAAAGCCACACCAAACCCUUUUCAGCUUGAUCAACUAGACAAAAUAUUUAAGGUUUUAGGUCAUCCUACCCAAGAGAAGUGGCCAACACUUGUGAAUCUUCCACACUGGCAAUCAGAUCUUCAACACAUUCAAGGACGUAAAUAUGACAAUCCUGGACUUUAUAGUGUUGUUCAUUUAUCUUCUAAAAGUCCUGCAUAUGAUCUUCUCUCAAAGAUGCUGGAAUACGAUCCUCGAAAGCGAAUAACAGCAGCACAAGCUCUUGAACAUGAGUAUUUUCGGAUGGAACCUAUACCAGGACGUAAUGCCUUGGUACCUUCCCAACCUGGAGAGAAAGUUGUGAAUUAUCCUACUCGACCAGUGGACACGACCACAGAUUUUGAGGGAACGACUAGCCUUCAACCUUCUCAACCGGUAUCAUCUGGAAAUGCAGUUUCCGGGAGCAUGGCAGGUCCCCAUGUAAUGCCAAACAGAUCUGUUCCUCGACCAAUGUCAAUGGUUGGCAUGCAAAGGAUGCAACCUCAGGGCAUGACAGCUUAUAAUCUCACUUCUCAGGGUGGGAUUGGUAGUGGAAUGAAUCCCGGUAGCAUUCCAAUGCAGCGGGGUGUUGCUGCCCAGGCUCAUCAACCGCAGCAGUUGAGAAGGAAAGACCAAGGGAUGGGAAUGACCGGAUACCCUCAACAACAGAAGUCCAGACGCUUUUGAGAAACUUGUCUGUUCCAAGAUCUUCUGUUAUCCUGAAUAGGCUAGUGCAGCGAGAUGGUGGUUGUGGAAUGUUCACACAUAAAUAGGGUUCAAAGCACGAACACAGAAACUUAAAUUCAUUCAGUACUCGCCAAUUAGCAGAGUACAGGGGGAGGUUUCGAUUAUUUCAGACGUUAAUUGCAUGUCAGGAAGUCGAUUUCGGAUGUGAUGCAUAUGAACCUGAUUUCUUCUCAAGCAGCGCUUGGUGUAACGUUACUGAGUCUUAAAGUUAGUUUCAUGACCAAGUAAAACUAUUCUUAUGUAGUUACCAGGCAAGUUGUAUUGGUUGCAUAUACGAAAUAUAUAUAUAUAUAUAUAUAUAUAUAUAUAUAUAUAUAUAUAGCAUGAACACCAAGGAAUCCUGAGGGGAGCAAUAUAUGUACUCUUCUGGUAUGAAAUUACAUUCCCAACUUUGACAAAUUUUAGCCAGAGGCUUUUGGUGGUGAUGUUGAUCUGUGUUGUAUUAGUUACUCCCUCGGUCCUACAUAAAAUUGUUUAACUUUUGUCCUAAAAUAA